UAUAAAAACGCGGCUACGCAAAAUUCCCUCAUCGACCCCACUUCACUCGCACUUUUCCCAACUAACAUCGUCGCACGCACCUACCACAGGCAUCCCACCCAACUUUCAUACCAAAAACAAGCCAUCUCUCAGCCAUGCACAUGCCCAGCUUCCUCUCCGUGUCCGCGCUCGCCGCCACGCUGCUUGCCGCCCCCGCGGCAGCCCACUUCUCGCUCACAAGCCCCGCCGGUCGUGGUUUCACUGAGGACUUGGAGCCUAUCGGCCCUUGUGGAGGAUUCAACACCACGCAAGCUACGAGGUCGUCCUUCCCUCUGACCGGCGGAAAUGUCACCAUGAUGAUCUUGGACGGCGACGGCACUGGCUACGUGAACGUCAACAUUGGCUUGGGCGACAACCCUACCAACUUCACCCUCGUGUCCACCUACCCAAAAGCCAAGGUCGGCUCCGUCUCCUUCCCUGUCGAUCUGUCCAAGUACACGACGGAUGGAAAGGCCGUUACUCUCCAACUGGUGUACCACAGUGACGAGAUCUUCUUCCAGUGCGCCGACCUUACCGUGGGAGGCUCCGCCACAUCCGUCCCAUCCAUGACCAUGGCACCCGGCAGCAUGACCAUGUCGAUGCCUGGAAUGACCAUGUCGAUGCCCGGCAUGUCCAUGCCAACCGGAACCGCAACGGGUGCCGCCGCCGCAACGGGAAGCUCGACGCCCGCCGCUGGCUCCACCUCCGGGGCGCCUCGUAUGUUGGCCGCCGGUUCCGUAGCCGUGGUUGCUGCCUUGGCUGCUGGUGUACUUGCCUUGUAGAUACUGAACAUAGGGCGUACAUGUAUAUAAUCUGACACUGGCGUAUCCUCAUGAAGGAAAUACAUAUCUGUGGCCUGAC